AUGCUUUCGUACAGAACAGCAGGCUACAACGGCUACGGGGUCCGGUAUUCGCCCUUUUUCGACAACAAGCUUGCAGUAGCCACCGCGGCUAAUUAUGGAUUGGUCGGAAACGGCAAGCUUUUCAUUCUUUCCAUAGAUGGUCAAGGUCAGAUCCACAACGAGAUCGGAUGGGAAACUCAAGAUGGACUUUUCGACGUGGCCUGGACUCGCUACGGCGCUGGGGAUGGGCUGGUGAAGAUUUUUGAUUUGAAGGUGCCUCAGUUUCCGGUGAUGAACUACAAGGAACACCAGAGGGAGGUAUUCUCGGUGAAUUGGAACUUGGUGGACAAAUCCAGCUUUGUGACGUCGUCGUGGGACGGCUCUAUCAAGGUAUGGCAGCCCCUGCGGCAGCAGUCGAUGCUUACGUUAAAUCCGAAGGUGGAUCAGAGCACCAAGGUGAACCAACAAGCACCUCCAACCAGCCACAACCAAAAGGCCAAUUUCAACACAACACAGUGUGUUUACAACGCCAACUUCUCUCCGCAUUCGCCGCUGACAAUCAUCAGUUGCAAUGGCCUGUCGCAUGUGCAAAUCUGGGACAUCAGAGCUCCCCAGCCGCUUCAGCUUGAUUACAUUGCUCACGGAGGACUCGAGGCUCUAUCAUGCGAUUGGAACAAAUACAAGCCUAACGUGGUGGCGUCAGCAGGUACCGAUAAGGCCAUCAGGAUAUGGGACCUCCGAAUGAUUGCCAAACUCGAUAACCCAGUUCCUGGACAGCCGCUGCCAGCAUACCAUUUGCGUGGUCCAACGCCGCUCAACGAAUUGUUGGGUCACGAAUUUGCCGUCAGAAAGGUGGUUUGGUCGCCUCAUCUGGGACAGGAGCUUUUGCUGACGUCGUAUGACAUGACAUCGAGAGUGUGGGCCGAUCAGCUGGACGAUAGAGCGAGAUUUUUGAACAACGGCGGUUCUGGAUGCAAGGGGGUGAUGCGUCAGCACAGGGAGUUUAUAGUGGGCUGUGAUUACAGUCUCUGGGGUGAGCCUGGCUGGUGUGCCACCACAGGCUGGGACGAAAUGGUGUAUGUUUGGGACACCAAGCGUGUGCCGCCGAGAUAA